AUGGCUCCAACUCCAUCAAUAGAUGCGCUAGCAAGCGCCAUAGUUGCGCAGUUCCUGCGCACAAACAAUUACACAGAGACUCUCCAGGCCUUCCUUCGUGAAGCUGGUCUCCCUAGUCUUCUUGAAGAGAAGAAGGCCUUCGACCACAGCGCUAAUUUUGAGCGAUAUGGCGAAGAUACGAAAGAUGAUGAUAUGUGGACUGUUCCAGCCCCGUCUAAACCGACGGUGAUCCAGACUCCCACAUCUUCAAAUAUUCUUGCUGCCUCAGUUGAACCAUGGCAGUAUUCAAGUGAUGGUGCAGAUGUGAAAACGUCAGCACUACCUUUACUUGCGUCAACUGGAGCUGAUAAGCAAAUUCAUUUACUUGAUACUAAGCCGGAUCAUGCUUCUCUGGUCUCUUUCUCUGGUCUAUCGGAUUCACCGGUUCUUUCACUCACAUCGAUCCUUCAAGGUCGAUACAUUCUGAUGACCAAUAUGUCCGGUUAUCUUCUCCUUCAACAUAGAUCGCACAUUCUAGAUAGCAGAAAGGAUCACGCAAAGUAUGCAGUCAAAGUCGUUGCCCACGAAGAAGGAAGUGAGAACGGUAUUCGAAGAUUCUGGAUUGCAACAGCAGGCUGGGACGCGACUGUCUUCUUAUACCGAAUUGAGAUCCCAGAUGAGGACAUGGCCACAGACUCGUCACCAGUCCUUGGUGAACCCGUCGCACGCAUCAAGCUACCUACCAACCCAGAGUCCCUUGUUUUCGUACCCCAUAUCGAUUCCGGCGAGCUACUCUUGCUCGUAUCUCGUCGCGAUUCCACCCAUAUAUUCUACUAUCAAGUCUCAUCAUCAUCUCCCGAGCUUCCUCUCCUCGGACAACAAAAUCUCGCACCUCACUCGAAUGCCUGGGUAGCAUUCUCUCCAGCUCAUAUGGCACUUAGUCCACGAGAUCCUGGAUUGUUAGCAAUUGCUACGUCCGCACUUCCCCAUAUGAAAGUGAUGAUCGUCCGACUUCUUUUUCCAUCUGCGCAUCUACCAGGUGGCCCUGAGAUACCGGGUCCAGAUUCAGCAUUGACACAAGCGACGCAGGCUAUGGCUGCUUUGGCGCUUCAGAAUCGCGAGGACACAGCCAUCUUGCUUCAGGCGAAUACGUUUGCGCCGCAGACAGCAUACUCGACGCCGCAGGUUGCAUGGAGACCCGAUGGAUCGGGAGUUUGGGUCAACGGUGAUGAUGGUCUGGUGAGAGGUAUUGAGGCGAAGACGGGUAAGCUUAUGACUGUUUUGAAGGAUGGUCAUGAGCUCGGUUAUAAGGUGCGGACUAUUUGGGCUGGUUACGUGGAUGUAGCUGGUAAAGAGGGGGAAUCCAUCCGGGAAGAAUGGGUGGUUAGUGGUGGAUUUGAUAAGAGGUUGAUUGUAUGGAAAGUGUGA